UCUAGCUUGCUGCUUAGCAAUUCAAAGCAAUUUUCUGUCACAAGGAUCAUCAGGCUACACUGCAGUGUGCGUUCAAUAGAGUGCCCAAAACAGGUUUCAUUAUGCAAGGUCUAGGGAAGGUAGAGCGCGGCGACCAAGGCCGAGACAUCGACCUGACAUCAAUGAGAUCAACCAUGCCGGCCGGCGGUCCUCUACAGGGUGUUUCCAGCUCUGGCCUGAACAUGAACCUGUACGCCACCAAGAAAACGGCAGCUGAGGGCAUGCUGGACAUUGCCUUAUUCCUGGCGAACAUCACACACAUGAAGACUGUCAUCGAACAAGGGGCAGGAUACAGGUACUACGCUGCAGUCCUGACUCUCAUCUCCUUCUCGCUGGCUCUCCAAAUAGUUGCAGGGAUUCUUAUCAUCAUCAUAGGACGCCGUGACGUGAACAAUCCCACCCUUCAGAAGCGCAUGGACUAUUUGAACAAUAUAACCACCAUCAUGGUCUUCAUCACCACCGCCCUCAACUUAUUCAUCAGCACCUUCGGGAUGCAGCGCACCGGGCACUUCCCCUGGCUCAUGAUGCGCAUUCACUGACAAAAACAGGACUAGAAGCAGUUUUAGGGCCUUUGUAUUCAACCAGGGUCAUUUGUGUCCCCAGGAAAUAAAAUGUAGAAAUGCAUGCUAAAAUGAACUGUAACAUAUUGAGUUUUAUUUAGCAAAGUGUCCUGCACAUUCAUCUGACUGCAUAUUUAAAAACACUUUUUUUUAAAGAUUAACUUCAACUACCUUGAACAUAGUACAACUUGCUUUGUUGCCUUCCAAUGCUACCUAGAAUUAGACUGUAUCAGGAAAUAUAGUCAUUUAAAUGUUGUAUUUUGUUUUAAAUAUUUGAAUUAUUGCCUCUCCCAAUGAGUCUCAAUUAUUUUCUGUCAGGGGUCAAAAAUUCUGCGACCCCACUGAAUUGAAUUACUGUAUUUUUUGGACAAUAAGGCGCACC